UUUUAAGUGAAUCAGUUUGAUGAAUCAGUCACAGUUCCAGACAUUAAUUAACUGUGCAUUCAUGCAUGUGUGGUGUAGGCGGAGAAUCUUGUCAAAUCUUUCCCGAUGAAUCCAGUCUGAAUAGGCGGGAUUUAGAGCAUUAAGUAGAUAAAGCAAACACCAGGCUCAGACUGAGAUAUGGGUGAGACAGCUGGCAGGGAACAUGGGAUUGUUACAAGAUCUGCUGAGUAUAUUGGCUCAUUUCCUGUGGAUGACAGUUGUUUGGAUGAUCAGAUUCAGCAGCUGCACACUCAGCUGAAGUCUCUUAAGAACUGCAAGAGCAAGCGAACAGUCUCAUUGAGAUUCUCUGUCAAAGGAGUCAAAGUUUAUGAUGAAGAUGAAAAGACGCUCCUCAUGGCUCAUGCCAUGUGUCGAGUCUCGCUGUCCACCGCCCGUCCGUCUGAUGCUCAGUUUGCCUUUGUCUCCCAUAAUCCUGGAAAUUCUGAUGCCCAGCUCUAUUGCCACCUCUUCAGAGCCAGACAUGCCCGAGCUGCCCAGUUCCUGAACCUGCUGCUUUGCCGCUGUUUUCAACUGUAUUUUCUGGAGAAGCACCCAGAGGAAGCUCAGGAUGAGUGUUCGGAGGAGAAACCAACUCGAAAACCAUCGCUGCUUAAUCAAGGAUUCCCUCUCAGUGUCAGCGCCUUGGUAUCUUUCCGCAGGGCCCCAACUCAAGGCCUGCUACCAGGGGCAAAGGUGUUCUCACAAUCGAGCACAGAGCAAGUGAGCAGUCCUGAAGAUGGUCCCACUUCCUCUCCGACUAUAGUUCGCAAAAUGGCAAUCCGGACCAAAGAACUGCGCUCCGGAGCGUAUCGCUCUUUUACAUAUACUCCCCUCAAGCAGCGCCACCUUCAGGAUAAACUGAGUGCACCACAAGAAAAGGAACAAGCCAGUGCAAACGCAUGCAAGUCUCGAGCUCCCACUUUGUCAGAGACAGAAGAAGCUCUGGCUCAAGCUGUGUGGUGCUGGGCUGGCGUGUCUAGCACCUGUAGUUCCUCACUCCUGGAAGAUGAUGCCUUGGGUGCCUUCCUCCUAUGUCCUCAUCCAAAAAAGCCCAACCGUGGGUCUCUUAUAGUCCGCUUCCCAUCAGGACUGGUGACUCAUGCUAUUAAGAAUUCCAAGGGGAAGUUCCGCCUUGAGAAGUGCCACAAUGACUUCGAAAGCCUUGCUGCUUUAAUCGAGCACUACACCGAGUUCAGUGAGGAGCUGGAAUGUUCUCUGAGCUGUGCCCGCGUCAAUCACUCUUACGAUUGGGAAGAGAUUGUCAAUAAGAGUUCACGUUCACCACAGGACAACAAGAAAGGCCCAUUUAAGAAUCACAGUUGGGUUUGAAUCCUCUUUCAUGCUCUGUGGUUUUUUUAUUUUUUAUUUAUUUAUUUUAUACUACAUAUUUUACUUGGUUUUAACCAUUACAGAGCUGCUGACAUAUUAGUAAACCUUCCUAACCAGGAUCUUAGUCACUGGCACUUUUUUUUUUUUUAAUAUAUUUUGAAUGGACACUUUGUUUUUGCCUGUUGACAAUAACCUCAACCUUCUAAAGCACUCACUUUGUUGGUUUGUUUGGUUUAAUUUUCUUUUCUAGGGAAAGAGGCACUUAUGUUUUUCAUGUAAAUGUCAGAUUUAAAUGUAUACGCAACUUUUUUUGUUUUUUGUUUUUUGUGCAAAGAUGCAUACUUAUAUCUGUACCCUUUAUUAUGUCUCUAAAAUUCUGUUGUAUGUUUUUAUAUUGCUUUAGGCCUUUUUACACUCUUGGUCAUAUAUUAUCACCUGUUUUAGAAAGAAAUUUUCCACUACCAAGUUAAUGGCUUUGCUGUUUUAAUAUUUUUACCUCCUGCACAUAUCACCUCUUAAAUACACACAUUUUCUGUUAUUAGUAUUGCAUCAGUGUAAAUGAAGUGUCUUGCCUCUUUGCAAAA